CUUUUUCCGAGGACUUAAGGGAGCUGGGAGGCGCAGCUGUCGGCUGCAGCGGAGUGGGCGAAGCGCGCGGGUCACCAGCGUUGUUCAGACCCGUGUGAUUUCAAAGCAGAGGCCCCUGGCAGUCCUAAACAAUUCACCUGGUGUACCCGUUUUUCUAUUGUGAUUGCAUCAUGGAAAAUCGAUUGGCUAAGUCAACUGAAGAACGAACAUUUCAGUACCAGGAUUCUCUUCCAUCACUUCCUGUUCCCUCACUCGAAGAAUCAUUAAAAAAAUACCUUGAAUCAGUAAAGCCGUUUGCAAAUAAAGAAGAAUAUAAGAAAACUGAAGAAAUUGUCCAAAAAUUUCAAAAUGGAAUUGGAGAAAAAUUGCACCAGAAAUUGCUUGAAAGGGCAAAAGGAAAAAGAAAUUGGCUGGAAGAGUGGUGGCUGAACGUUGCCUACCUGGAUGUCCGUGUACCGUCACAGCUGAACGUCAACUUUGGGGGUCCUGCGGCCCAUUUUGAACACUACUGGCCUCCAAAGGAAGGCACACAACUGGAAAGAGGAAGUAUAAGUCUUUGGCAUAACAUGAACUACUGGCAGCUAUUAAGAAAAGAAAAAGUGCCUGUUAAUAAAGUUGGAAAUACUCCUCUAGAUAUGAAUCAGUUCAGAAUGCUAUUUUCUACCUGCAAGAUUCCAGGAAUUAACAGAGAUUCAAUUAGGAAUUAUUUUAGGACUGAGAGUGAAGGGUGUUCCCCAAGUCACAUUGCAGUGCUGUGUCGAGGCCGAGUUUUUGUCUUUGACGUGCUACACGAAGGAUGUCUGAUCACCCCACCGGAGAUCCUCAGGCAAUUGACAUACAUCCACAAGAAGUGCCAUAGUCAGCCCGAGGGACCCGGGAUAGCAGCGUUGACGAGCGAGGAGCGAACUCGAUGGGCUAAGGCACGAGAAUAUUUGAUUAGUCUUGAUCCAGUGAACUUGACUAUAUUAGAAAAAAUUCAGAGCAGUUUACUGGUGUAUUCCAUAGAGGAUGUCAGUCCACAUGUAACACCUGAAGAUUAUUCGCAGGUAAUUGCAAUGAUCCUCACUGGAGAUCCAGCAGUACGCUGGGGUGACAAAUCUUAUAACUUGAUUUCCUUUUCUAAUGGAGUAUUUGGCUGUAAUUGUGAUCAUGCUCCUUAUGAUGCAAUGGUUAUGGUAGACAUCAGCUAUUAUGUUGAUGAGAAGGUUUUAGAGAAUGAAGGAAGAUGGAAGGGUUCAGAAAAAGCACGGGCUAUACCUCUUCCAGAGGAGCUUGUUUUCACUGUGGAUGAGAAAGUAUUAAAUGACAUCAGCCAAGCUAAAGCCCAAUUUCUCAAGCAGUCAUCUGAUCUGCAGGUUGUGUCACGUUCCUUCACACGUUUUGGCAAAAAGCUAACCAAGAAGAAGAUGCUUCACCCCGAUACGUUUAUUCAGCUUGCUCUUCAGCUGGCCUAUUACAGACUUCAUGGGCGCCCUGGUUGUUGCUACGAAACAGCUAUGACAAGAUACUUCUAUCAUGGCCGCACAGAGACCGUGCGGUCAUGCACAGUGGAAGCUGUCAGGUGGUGCCAGUCCAUGCAGGACCCGUCUGCCCAUCGUCUUGAGCGGCAGGAAAAGAUGUUACAAGCUUUUGCAAAACAUGAUAAAAUGAUGAAAGAUUGUUCAACUGGAAAAGGAUUUGACCGUCAUCUUUUAGGCCUGUUACUCAUAGCAAAGGAGGAAGGCCUCCCUGCUCCAGAGCUCUUCACAGACCCUCUCUUCUCCAGAAGUGGAGGAGGUGGCAAUUUUGUCCUCUCAACAAGUCUGAUUGGAUACUUAAGAGUCCAGGGAGUGGUGGUGCCCAUGGUCCACAAUGGCUAUGGCUUUUUCUACAAUAUCAGAGACAACAGCUUCGUUGUGGCCUGUUCAGCCUGGAAGUCAUGUCCGGAGACGGAUGCAGAAAAGCUGGUUCAGCAGGUUUUCCAUGCUUUCAGUGAUAUGAUGCAGCUGAUGACCUCUGCUUGUCUUUAGAGAUGGUUAUUCCUUAAAGCACUUACCAAAAUAAAUCAUUUAAACUGGGUCCUGGGGGUGGGCUGGUGAAGUAAGAUAGGGAGGAAUGUUGACUUGAAGGAAAUGUAGAAAUUAGUAGAAUCAUGCUCUCUAAAUUUAUUCUGACACAGAAAGUAGAAAUACCAUUUUUUUAGGUUCCUCUGAUGCAGCAGCAAUGCAAAUUUUGAUACAGUGAAUAUAGAACUAUGCAAAGUUUAAGAUAAUCCUCAACAAUGCAAAUCUACAAGUUUUAACAAUGCAAGCCUAACUUUAACUUUCAAAUAUUUUUGUAGGUACCUGUAUAGAUUAUAAAUUCUCUUCCUGAACAUCAUUGUAGAACAGCGAUUUACAACCUUUUUCAUUUCGUGGCACACACAAAUGAAUUACUAAAGUUCUGUGGCACACCAAAAGAAUGUAUUUUUGCCCGUCUGACAAAAUAAUAGGUAUAAUUUUGAUUCAUUCACACCAAAUGGCUAUUGUUGUGUUAGCUGUUGUCAUUUUCUUACUUGACAGCCUAAGGGAAAAGAGGUCAGUGCCCCUGACUAAAUAGUCAGGUAAUGCAUGUUUUAAAAGCUCUUGCGGCACACUGGGUUGAAAACUGCUGUUGUAGAGUCUAUCUUUCAAGCACUUUAACAUUUUCUAGUUGCCAAAGGGUGUGGAGUACACAACUGGAUGUUCAUCUCCCUGGAAUCAAUGUUUUUCACACUCACCACAGGGAUACCCGCGCACUGGGCUGGGAAAGUCCACUACACUUUAACGGUGGUGUAACAAGAAAUAGUCUCUCUUGGACGGACAGAAAAAUCGAGUCAUAGGAAGAUUUACUCCCUCUGACACACAUAAAAAAAAUCCUAACAAAAUUCAUUUUAGAAUGUGAUUGUAAUUAGUUUUGUGAAUAUAAAAUUAAAGCACUUAUAUUUAAAACUAGAUGUCAGAAUUAAUGACUUUAAAAGGAUUAAAUGUGGACUCAUAUUCUCAGGAUUACGCUUUCUUCUCCUCUGUUCAAUUUUGUGGUUUCUACCCUUGGAAAAUAAAACUCUUAAAAUCAUA